AUGGAGAGACAAAAAAAGAAGGAUAUGGAUUUUCUCACAGAGGAUCUAUGGGAGAUUAUACUUGCGAGAUUACCACUAAAGAGCAUCAUCACCACUCCAAAACUGGUUUGCAAGGUAUGGAAAUCAAUCAUUGAGUCUCGGUGUUUCCGCGACCUUUUCCAAUCUCUACACCAAAACUCUCAUCAUUCUUCAUGGUCACUCAUGUGUAGAGGUUGUGAGACAGAGAUCAUGUCUCACUAUGGAUCUGACAAUUGGAAUCUUAACCAUUCUCUCGGUUAUUACAUCUCUUCCUUCCUUACCGACAAAUUCGAGAACUAUAAUGAAGCUAGAGUCGUGUCUUACACGGAUGUUGGAUUGAUAUUGGUUCAUCGAGUGUCAAGUCAGUCUUUCUACGUAGCUAAUCCUGUUUCUAGGCAAUGCGUAGAGAUUCUUCCUUCACAGAAACUGGAUUGUUUCUGGAUUUUGGGAAUAGCUACAAGAGUUGAGAAUGGCGUCGUUUUAGGUUACAAAGUUGUUCUGUUGAAACCUAACUUCACUUUCCUCAUAUAUUCAUCUGAGACAGGCUUGUGGAGUCUCAACAGUGACACUUUUCCUUUCAGCUAUAUAUCUCAAGAGUUUAACAAUCCCAUUAGCUUGAACGGAAGUCUUUACUGGCUCGCCCACGGUUCCGAGUAUCAAGAUUUCAUUGUAUCCAUCGAUUUCUAUGUUGUUGAUAGCCGCUCUGAUCGAUGCCGCGCUACGCCAUUUCCUGAUUUAGAUAAAGUUCCGAAAUUCAGAAGAACUUGCACAACUUCUCAAGGAUGUCUCAUGUAUAUGAACAUAUUCUCUAUACCAAAAGUUGAUGGUAAUUUAGAGGACAAGUUAUGUGUAUGGAGGCUAGAGAGCUGGCAAUGGCGACUAGUAUUCGAAAUAUCUUUGGAUUCUAUUAAGACUGGUUUCGAUUAUAUUCCGUUGGGAACAGACCCUUUUGAUGCUAAAACAGUCUACCUUUGGAGUCGCAAAUGCUUGUUAUCUAUUAACUUACACAAUGGAGACAUUGUGCUCCACAAGGAUGUGGAACAUAGCAGCGCGGGUCGCAUUCUGAAUUCCGUUGAUUGCCCGAGAGAUAUGACAUACAUCUUAGAAUCAAACUUUGCCUCGUUCGUUCUCCCACAGUGGAUGCAUCCGUUCCCUAGCACGGUGAGGAGUGUUUAA